AUGGACACCGAUGGAGAAAUGGGCCACGCAACCGACGUAAGGCGAAAAUGGUUGAAAUUCGAUGGCCGCAAGCCACACUGUGUAACGCCUUUUCGUGGGCGCAGAUACACUCUGGUGUUCUUCACGUAUUCCAACCCGCAGAAAUCGACGUCCUUGUCCCGGCAGGAGGAGGAGUAUCUUCGUGCCUUGGCAUUUCCACUCCCGGCGCAGGUGUGCAGCAACCGUGCAAGUGCAGCUGUCAGCAGGCCGCUGCCCUGUCCGACUCUGAGUGUGCAAGCUGCACGCUACAGCUUUCAGCGCUUCAAGCAGAAGGUGGCUGCCCGCGGGGGGCUCCGGCGCAAGGCUCUGAUCGUUCAGGUUGGGAAGUCAAAAAUCAGAGUCAUGGUCUCCAGCUCUAUGCCUUUAAAGCUUGCCAACGAAGCCGUGCCACACGGCAAGGCAUCCGCGCGGCUUUUCGCCGGCUCCUUGAGGUUCUUGACUGAUGAGGCCGCAGUGAAGACGCACGAUCAGCGAUUCGAGAACAUCUCCAUAGCACGCGGGGUCCUUCACGUGUUUCCGAAGACGGACGUCGUGAGGAGGAGAUUAGGUGGCCCGUUGCAGAGUGCAUGGCCUGCUCCGAACAAUACAAUAGCAGGACCUGGUGCGCAUAUUCAAAGGACUUCGGAAUCACGCUGGGUGGCAGAAGCAAAGCUCUGCUAA